AUGAAGAACCCUCUUUACAUCCUUACCAUUCUCCUUCCUCUGGCCACUGAGCUGGCGACAGCUUCUCCAGUUGCAGAGCCUGAUUUUGGUUCUCUUGAAGAAAGGGCUGGAGGUCAAGGAGGUGGAGGCGGCGGGGGCCAAGGAGGAGGCGGCGGAGGAGGCGGAGGAGGAGGCGGAGGAGGACAAUGUCGUAUCAAUCACAGGUACUGGUACUGGAAGUACCCGUGUGACUCGAGCGAUAGAACGACCCAGCAAUUCCCAGGUGACCAGUUUAACGCAAUCUGCAGAUAUAGGAAUUGGUACAAGACCAGCAAGGGUUGGGUUCAUGACUUCGACAAGCCUCGCAACUGCCGUAUGUUUCUGUUACCUCCCUUAUGA